AUGGUUGACAGACGACCUGAUAGCCCCCUCGAAGUCCAUACACCUAUCCUCGAGAAUAUGGUUGCUGGUGUGCCUCCGGUGUUCUCUGGCUUGACGCGACAGCUAGAUGUAUUGACGGAGCAGCCGUUGCUUGGUCCCAAAGCGGAAUUUCCCUCAGCUUCAUUCACAUUUGCGCGCAAAGAUGUGUCGGGGAACAAGAGACCACAGGCCAUUGCGCAUCGAGGGUACAAGGCGAAAUUCCCAGAGAAUACAAUGGGGGCGUUUAGAGGGGCGGUGGAGGUUGGUGCAGAUGCAAUAGAGACAGAUGUCCAUCUUUCGAAGGAUGGGGUUGUUGUGUUAUCACAUGACAAAGAUUUGAAAAGAUGCUUCGGACGACCCGAGAAGCUGAUUGACUGCGAUUACGAAUUCAUCAGCAAGCUGCGGACGCUGAAAGAACCUCAUGAGUCCAUGCCGCGAUUGGCAGAUCUGCUGGAGUAUCUUACGCGACCAGGGUUGGAGGACAUAUGGGUUCUAUUGGAUAUCAAGCUCGACAACAACCCCGAUGAUAUAAUGCGCUUGAUCAGCGAGACGAUCCAAAGUGUCCCUCCAUCGCCAUCUCGACCCUGGCAGAACCGCAUAGUUCUCGGCUGCUGGGCAGCGAAAUACCUACCACUCUGCUCCCGUUACCUACCCGGCUUCCCCAUCUCGCACAUCGGUUUCUCAACACUCAUAGCGUCUUACUUCUUUACAGUACCAGGCGUCUCAUUCAACAUGCAACAAGCUGUGCUCAUGACGCCAUGGGGACGGCUGUUUGUCCGUAAAGCACAGUGCGAUAAUCGGCCGGUGUAUGCAUGGACGGUGAACGAUGAGCGAGCCAUGCGAUGGGAUAUAAGACGCGGAUUAGACGGUGUUAUUACGGAUGAUCCCAAGUUGUAUCUGGAUGUGCGGAAAGGGUGGCAUGAGGGUAUGAGGGAUGGGCUUGGAGUGAAAAACUUAGUGGAGGUGGUCAGGAUCAAUUUCUUUGCGCUUUUAUACACUAUCAUGUUUUGGUUCAUGCUAGGGUUUGGGGAGAAGGGGCCGUUGAUUAGGAGGAGGAGAGCGGAGAAGAAAGAAAUUAUCACGCUGCAGGCCGGCCAAUGCGGCAACAGCGUUGGCCAGCAGUUCUGGCAACAGCUCUGCCAGGAGCAUGGCAUCAAUCGGGACGGAAACCUCGAGGACUUCGCGACAGAGGGCGGCGACCGUAAAGAUGUCUUCUUCUACCAGUCCGACGACACGCGCUACAUUCCACGAGCCAUUCUCCUGGACUUGGAACCGCGCGUUCUCAACUCGAUACAACAGAGCGCGUACAAGAACAUCUACAACCCCGAGAACUUCUACAUACACAAGGAAGGCACCGGCGCAGGCAAUAACUGGGGUAUGGGCUAUAGCAUGGGUGAGCAGAUACACGAAGAGAUUCUUGACAUCAUCGAUCGGGAAGCGGACGGUUCGGACUCGCUGGAGGGUUUCAUGCUGCUGCACUCGAUCGCUGGUGGCACGGGCUCUGGCCUGGGAUCUUUUAUGCUCGAAAGGCUGAACGACAGGUUUCCGAAGAAGCUCAUUCAGACGUACAGCGUGUUUCCCAACACGCAAGAUGGUGAUAUUGUAGUUCAGCCAUACAACAGUUUGUUGAGUAUGAGACGGUUAACACAGAACGCAGACUCGGUGGUGGUCCUCGACAAUGGAGCUCUAUCAAAGAUAGCGGCAGACAGAUUGCAUGUCCUUAACCCAUCGUUUGAGCAGACAAACCAGCUCGUCUCAACCGUCAUGUCCGCCAGCACAACAACGCUUCGCUACCCAGGAUAUAUGCAUAAUGACCUUGUCGGAAUUGUCGCGUCGCUUAUUCCCACGCCUCGUUGUCACUUUUUGAUGACCUCAUACACUCCAUUCUCUGGUGAGAAUGUUGAGCAAGCCAAGACAGUCCGGAAGACGACAGUAUUGGAUGUCAUGAGAAGAUUGUUGCAGCCGAAAAACCGCAUGGUCUCCACUAAUCCCACCAAGAAGAGCUGCUACAUGUCCAUCUUGAAUAUCAUCCAGGGAGAAGCAGAUCCAUCGGAUGUACACAAAUCACUUAUGCGUAUUCGCGAACGCCGCCUUGCUACGUUCAUUCCGUGGGGGCCUGCCUCCAUCCAAGUCGCGUUGACCAAGAAGUCGCCCUACGUCACCUCGUCCCAUCGAGUAUCUGGGCUUAUGCUCGCCAAUCAUACUGGCAUCGCCACGCUGUUCAAACGCAUAGUAGCGCAGUAUAAUACACUGAGGAAACGAAAUGCCUUCUUGGAAAGCUACAAGCGAGAGGCCCCUUUCAAGGAUGGCCUGGGCGAAUUUGACGAAGCCAAGGAAGUUGUCCAGGGCCUGAUCGAAGAAUAUGAAGAGGCGGAGGGCGCUGACUACCUGAGCAAGGAAAUAGCGCCCGUGGAGGAAGGUGAUGAUAAGCGAGUUGGUUAG